CGGAAGCGGGAUCUAUAUCGGAAGAUAAUUAAAUGCUCGUACGUUUGAUGCUAAAUUCAAUUAUCCAUUUCCAAAGCCCGGCUCGGCCUGACAGCCCGAAUCAACUUGAAAGUGAAGAGCGUGACGCUACCCUCUCCAUUCCCUUUUCCAAUUCCCUUUAGUGCGCGUGCAUCGCGAAGCCAAGGAAACCUAUGUCACGUAUACGUUACUUUGCUGUCAAUCAAACUCCGGAAUAUCUGAUUUGAGUGACAGCACGCCCAACCCUUUCGCCCUCGUCAGUCGAGGUCUAUACUGUCUGCUCCUCGGGACUCGUUUUUCAAAAUAACUUUGGCCAGAGCAGCAGGGAAUAAUGUCGAUAGUGCCGGCCAUUCCCACCAAGCGCUUUGUUAAAUUCUCGAUUAAUUUGUGAAGCUUUUUUUGUGGCAGGCCUUUCAAGUACCAGUACGAUUCUGUAUGUCGAACGCAUGACUAAUUUGUCAUAUAUGAUUAAAAACAUUUAGCUCUGCCGGUGUGCGUUCCUCUGUGGAAAUUAUCUUGACAUUUCUGUUGGCAUGUUGGUGUGGGGGUGUCAGGAUAUGGAGAGUUUAUUCGAUUUCUUUUAUUGAUGAGAUAUCACCGUGUCAGAUGUGUCAGGUCUUUCUCUGUGUCUUUGUUUAAAUAUGCAGUAGAUGAUGUCGAUGGAUAUACACACCCGACGCUGGUUUGGGAGAUGUACACCGACCUGACUCCCCCCAAACAAAAUAAUGGUUUCGACCUGUCAAAACUACCAUGUGAGUUGAGUGUGUUUUCAGCACACUCAGCCAACACAGCCGUCAUGCGGUACGAAGUAUUUCUACACGAGACUCUUCGCCCGGGAAGUUUAGAUUUGUCUACGCACAAAACCAACUCGAGCUGCCAUCGGGUGAUUUAUUUGCCGUGUAAUCUGAGCUUCGAUGCCGAUGUGUAUAUGAGUUUGGUGAACGUCAGUUGUAUCUGGAAGGGCAGGAGUUUCCUACAAUAGAUUAUCACAACGCGUAAACCUACCCCUUGACAUUUAAGAUCACAUUGGGAGAAAAAUAGAGUUUUCUUUACACAAAUGCGACUUGGUGUUACUCCAUCAUUUACAACGGGAAGAGUUCCACCCACUUCAAAUCGCCUUUUAGCGGUUUCUGUUGACGGAUUUACGACCAACAAUAAAACAGCAGACGAUUACUUUUUAUCCCAGGCCGCCAACUGCGCGGAGGAACUAAAUCAUUGUUAACAAGACUGCAAAACGAUGGCACAUCUUUCCAGGACGAUUUAGCAGACGACAGGACUGGAGAAUCCCCGGCCGGGUUGCGGAGCGCGCCAAACCGAGCGCGAAGCGUAAAUCAAAGCUAACGAGGGUAUAAUGCUUGGGCCCUCAAGACACAGUUUCAACGCUGCGUGAGCCACCGCCAGAUAUACUGUUUAUUGAGCUGCAAGGUGGGACUGAGGCAAUUCUCUUGACACCAAGUAUGAGAGCCGGCGUGGAGGCAGCGAGCCUCUCUCUCCUGUUGUGUGGGGGUAUGCUCUUGUCUUACCUGACGCUUACUACGGACACAGAAACGCAGAGAGAGGAAGCCGAUCUUGUGAGGGUAGUGAGAUCUCUAUCAGCGAUUCAACAGAAGAACGAAGCAGUCUUGUCCAGACUAGAGAAGGAAGCAUUGUCUGUUGUGACAAAAAAGUUCCCUUGGUUACCUAAAAACAACACAUUACCAAAUUAUCUUCUGAACAGUGGUUCUCAUACAGACAAUGAUUACAAAUACAGAGAUGCUAAUAUAGCAUUUAUUCACUACCCUAGAGCAGGGGGAUACAGAGUCAUUGAAUGUUUAAGGGAAAUAUCUAUUAAGAAACAUAUCGCAAUGUCACCACUUAUGACGAGUAAAAAUCGACUCCUAUGGGAACGUGGUGAGGACAAUUUGGAGAAAUUCCGCAAUCGGUUAAAAUUUCACUCUGGGAGAUAUGUGUUCGGCGUCUGUGAAAAGGUGAACAGCCCUUGUUCCUACUUUCUUCUUCUACGGGAGCCUAUGCAGCAAGCCAUAUCUAGUUAUGAAUAUUGCAAAGAGACUUAUGAAGACGAAAUAUGCCAGGGGUUUAAUGCCAAUAAAAUGACAUUACGAGAGUGGAUCUUAAGCCAGGGAAGUGUCCUGUUUCGUCAGCUGAUGUUGAAUAUCAACUUUUGUGCCAGUGAUCACACAUUUAACUUCAACUUGACUCUUCCUGAAGGUUUCUUGUUUGACAAGAAAGAUAUGCCUUGUUGGAUGAAACAAAAAAUAUUCCUGGAUAAAUUAUCAUCCACCGAUUUGUCUCAUGCCGUGAACUACAUAAUAAGCCAUUUACAGAGCUGGUUUGCUGUCAUUGGAUUGCUGGAUGACCCACAAGGCUCACUGGAAGUGUUUGAAAAGGUUUAUAAACUGCCCUUCACAAAAUGCAAACAUUUUGAUAGGAAGGAGACAUUAUCUGAGCCUCAUCAUGCCAGUUUUGAUAAUAGUGCCAACAGUGUUUACCAAAGACAGUCGGAUAUUUAUGAUGAAAAUGACCCUUACACAUUAUCAGAUGAUGUGUAUGUGAGAAAGGCUCUAUCAGCUGACUAUCGAAUAUACAAAGCAGCUCUUAAGAUAUAUCAUAUGCAAAAACAAACAUUAUCAAACAGGAUAUGGAGAUGAGUUAUUUCAAGACUAUUAUUGGCUCAGGACAAAGUGCUAAAUAUUCACAUAAUAACUACUAGUUACUAGUUUCUUCACUGUUGAAAGAGUGUUUGUUUGCUUGUAGUUGGGUUACGAUCUGAAGCUAAAAGCACCAAGACCAUUUAUGAAAUCAUUUGACCAUGAUAUGAAGCUAAGGCUAAAAAAAUUAAAUUAUUGUUUUUUUUGGCAAGGAAUUUUAAAACUUAUUUCCAUAUUUGAUGUGUAAGAGUGUGCUACCAAGGUUUUAGAAACUUCCUUGUUAUCAUAUUAAGAAAAUAAUGCUUUCUUUCAGGGUUGUUUUGCAACUGUGGAUGAUGCCUGAUUAACCAACUCAUCUAAAGCCCCAUUCAUAUGGACAAAAUUUACUCAUGUAAGCAAAUUUACUCAAUGAGUAUAUUUACUCAUGUAAGCAAAAGUAUAUUUACAUUGUGUUCACAUGAAGUUUAUGCAAGGCAGAAGUAAACAUCAUUUCAUAAAUAAAUUGUGGACUUUUAUCAUUUGAGGCCAUGUCGCUGUCGAAGAUAGUCAACCAGAGGCGAAAGAGACACUUUCAAUACUUUCUUAGUAUGGGAUUAGUCUUAGGAUUAUGCCAGGAAAGAGAACUGUGGAAAAGAGAAUGUUCUCAACACUGGUGGAACAAUGUUGUCAGACGAUCAUUUGAUGAUAAACUGUGGAUCGAUAACUUUCGCAUGACACGCGAAACAUUUAAUGAACAUGUUAUGUUCUUUGCAAGGAACUACAGUCGUAUUUUCCUGAUUAUCAGUAUCUUGGAUUUAAUAUGCUUACGUAAGCAAAUAGAGAAUCUGUUCACAUGAUCAGAAAUACUCCAGGAGCAUUUAUACUUAUGAGUAAAUAUACUUUUACUAGACCUCAUCAGGUGUAGCAAAUAUACUUUUACUCAUGCCUCCUUACUUCUGGAGUAUAUUAACUCACGUAACCAAAUGCGUUCACAUGCCACCAUAAGUAAAUUUACUUAUGUAAGUAUAUAUACUCACGUAAGUAAAAGUGUCCAUGUGAAUGGGGCUUUAGUUCAUCAAAGUUGUUAUUAAGAGUUUGACUGAUCCAUGGAAAAAUACUGAAGCACUGAUACAGAAAGCUGCAAAUUAGGGCUGGGACGAGUCCAAAUUUACUACCCGGGUACCCACUGUAGGUCUCAAGAGAUGGGUACAAAAUUUCCGAUUGGGCAUUUUUUUACCAUAGUACUGGCAAAACGUUUUUAGAUACAUGUCUUAAACAAUCUGGUCAUAUCUCAAGUUAUAUCUCUAUUCAAAGAUAUGAAAAGUCAGAAGAAAUGGGUGCACAGUCAGAAAGAAAUGCGAACAUUUGUGACUUGUAGUGUAACCAUAGAUACUUUUUGUCAUUAAACAAUUUAUCUGACAAGUCCAGUCCAGGAAGUCCUGUUGGUACCCGGGUCCUACUCAGUACCCACCCAACCCGGGCAGCCGAGUUACCCGUCCCAGCCCUACUGCAAAUGAUAUAUUGUAUGAACAAGUGAAGAAUCGGGUAAGGAAUAAUGUACAUACUGUGAUAAUUUAAAGUUUUUUGUAUUAAACUUGUUACACCUUUCAA